CAUUGAAAGAUAUGUGCCUAUCAUUAUAAAGUUAGAAUAAUAAAAAGAAAAUACGAUAUAAUAAGUUAAUUGUAUUCAAAUAUUUUCUUGAAUAUUAUUAAUGAAAAUAUAUUAUUGACUGUACUUGAUUCAAUUAAAAGUACUUACAGCCCUUGUUAGUAAUAACCAUAAAAUGAGUGAAGUAUCAAUUGAAACCGGAGCCUACGCUAAAAUAAUAUUGCACGCCGCUAAGUAUCCACACUGUGCUGUGAAUGGUGUGCUUCUUGCUGAUGCCGGAAAGACUAAGGAAGGUGGCAGGAACCAAAGUUUGGAUAUCGUUGAUGCUAUACCACUAUUCCACCACAGCCAUUACGUCUCACCAAUGGCCGAAGUAGCACUCACACAGAUUGAAACCAUAGCUCAAUCAGAAAACCGUGUGAUAGCAGGUUACUAUGCAGCCUGCGAGAACUUCCGUGAUAAUAUUGUUGAAAGAUGUCCAGGGUUGAAGAUAGCUGAAAAGAUUGUUGAGUAUUUCCCUUCUGCUGUGUUCAUUGUGGUGGAUAACAAAAAAAUGGUUCAACAUUUAGAUUCACCAGCAAUUAAAGUUCAUAAAUAUUCAGAUGGCAAAUGGAGACCAAGGGAAUCUUUAAUUGUUUUCCAAUCACCAUACGUCCUCGAGACUGUCUCGCAUCUUCUUCAAAAAGGUGUAGAGCGUGAUCUUGUGGACUUUGAUAAUUACCUCGAUGAUCAGAGCCAGGAUUGGACCAAUCAGGGCAUAGAGAAACUAGUGGCGAGCAUUAACGCUUCUACCCUCGAUGAUGAUGAUGAGAAGGAAAUACGAUAGUUAAAGUGUCAAUGUACAUGUAUUAGAAGUAUCUUAUGGGUUAUAGGCAAUUUAGUAUCAAUUAUAUCCUUUCUAUGUAUGUAAUAAAAAUCAGACUAUUUAUCUAUGCAAUUGUGCAUUGAUAUCGCUCAAUGACUGAAUCGAUUUAAAUAUGGUAUCAGUGAUGUGCUGUACUCUUGUUAGUAAUUUCAUUUAUAUGUUAAUAAAAAAAAAAGAA